GAGAAGCUCUCACCUCCUGCAGCUCUCUCUGAAACCCAAAGUUCCCAGAGCCUCUCUCAGCAAUGGCUAUGGUGUGUCUUUCAGACUUUGAAGCCUACGCUAAAAAGUAUUUACCCAAGAUUGCUUGGGAUUAUUUUGCAGCUGGAGCAGAUGACUGUAACACACGAGAUGAAAACAUCUUGGCAUAUAAAAGAAUUCGUUUCCAGCCACGUAUGCUGCGGGAUGUAUCCAUGAUGGAUAUUAGGACUAAGAUCCUGGGGACUGAAAUCAGCUUUCCUGUAGGAAUCGCCCCCACUGGCUUCCACCAGCUAGCAUGGCCUGAUGGAGAGAAAAGCACAGCCAGAGCAGCCAAAGCCAUGAACACCUGUUACAUUGCCAGCACGUACUCCACCUGCACGCUGGAGGAGAUCUCUGCGGCCGCUCCCGGGGGCCUCCGGUGGUUCCAGCUCUACAUCCACCGCAACAGGGCAGUUUCCCGUCAGCUGGUCCAACGAGCAGAGGCCUUGGGUUUCCAGGCCCUUGUCCUCACCGCGGAUCUGCCCUACACGGGCAAAAGACGCGACGAUAUCCGCAAUGGUUUCUGCCUUCCACCCCACAUGAAACUGAAGAACUUGGAACGAGACUUUGAGGGAGAUGACCGUUCUGAGUAUGGACUGCCACCCAACAGCUUGGAUCCUUCCAUCACCUGGAAUGAUAUCUACUGGCUGCAGAGCCUGACCCACCUGCCCAUCAUCAUCAAAGGCAUCUUGACAAAAGAAGAUGCAGAGCUGGCAGUGAGACACGGAGUCCAGGGAAUUAUUGUGUCCAAUCAUGGUGGAAGACAACUGGAUGAAGGACCUGCCACUAUUGAUGCUCUGGUUGAAGUUGUGGAGGCAGUAGGAGGCAGAGUUGAAGUUUACUUAGAUGGCGGAAUAAGAAAAGGAAGUGAUGUGUUGAAAGCACUGGCACUGGGAGCAAAAUGCGUCUUUAUUGGAAGACCAGCUUUAUGGGGUCUGGCUUACAAGGGUGAAGAAGGUCUCCAGGACGUUUUGAGAAUUUUGCAGGAUGAAUUUCGUUUGUCGAUGGCCUUGGCCGGCUGUGCCAGAGUCUCAGAGAUUGGCCGACACCUGGUUCGGUUCUCCAAGCUGUGAACAGCCUCCUGCAAUACCCACCAAACAGAGGCAGCUCAAGCUGAGGUCCCAGCCAGACUGAAGACAGCAAAGAAGGAGCAACAAGUAUAUGAUAAGGCCUUCAGGAAACCUCUGAGGAGAUUAGGAAAAUAUCCGUGUUAGCAAAGGCUGUGCUCUGCUUUCGUUGAGACCAAUGAAUUCCUUAGCAGUUCGAGUAAUUUUUACUUGUUUAAAUACAUUUGCUUUAAACUGGCUGUUCCAUGUCAUUACCUAUGUUGGGCUUUACUCCCGAGUUCUAUUACAUUGGACAUCCAGACAUGGAAAACUGUGUGCCUUGCUUUUUCCACUUGAUUGUCCUACCAAGUCUGACUGCAACUCAGUCACACUUUCCUACUCUGGCAUAGUAAUUGUUGUGGCCAAUAUCUUCCAUAGCUUGGGCUUUUCCCAGAUGUAUUCAUAACAGAUACAGAAACAAGAUGUAUCAGUUAACAGGCACACAAGUUACCCUUUGAUGGUGGGGGCAGUUUUUGCCCACUGCUUCUAAACGCAGAGCAAUGAAAUCACCUGUAACCAAAUCAGCACCCUGUGCUCCCUGCUGAGAGAGCCUCUUCUUUCACUACAUAGUUAAUUUGUAAGGCAAACUCUUCUGAGUAGCAGUCAAGACCUGUUCACUUUCAGAGGACACCACAAGUUUGUGGCAGUGGGUACAUCACUCACCAGGUGCCCUGGUCUCUGCCCAUGGAUAAGGGCAGCCAGCACAGGCUAACGGAGUGGGCAGGAGCUGCU